CCGAGCCGGGCCGGGCCGGGCCGGGGGAAGAGGCAGGUAGCUGGAUCUGCGGCUCCCGCUCGCCGCCGUUGCCCCAUGGAGCGGGGGAAGAUGGCGGAGCUGGAGAGCCUGGAGACGGCGGCGGAGCACGAGCGGAUCCUGCGGGAGAUCGAGAGCACCGACACGGCCUGCAUCGGCCCCACGCUCAGGUCUGUCUAUGAUGGAGAGGAACACGGUCGUUUUAUGGAAAAAUUGGAAGCACGGAUCAGAAACCAUGAUCGUGAAAUUGAAAAAAUGUGCAACUUCCAUUAUCAGGGCUUUGUGGAUUCCAUCACGGAGCUGCUGAAAGUUAGGGGUGAAGCGCAAAAACUGAAGAAUCAGGUGACGGACACCAACCGAAAACUGCAGAACGAAGGAAAAGAAUUGAUAAUAGCAAUGGAAGAGCUGAAGCAAUGUCGGUUACAACAGAGAAAUAUCUCGGCGACGGUUGAUAAGCUGACGCUGUGUCUUCCUGUCCUGGAGAUGUACAGCAAACUGCGAGAGCAAAUGAAAUCUAAAAGGCACUACCCUGCACUGAAGACGCUGGAGCACCUGGAGCACACGUACCUGCCCCAGGUGAGCCACUACCGCUUCUGCAAGAUCAUGGUGGAUAAUAUUCCCAAACUGCGCGAAGAGAUAAAAGAAGUUUCCAUGUCAGACCUCAAGGAUUUCCUGGAGAGCAUCCGAAAGCACUCUGACAAGAUUGGAGAGACGGCAAUGAAACAGGCACAGCAGCAAAGAAACCUGGACAAUAUUGUAUCACAGCAUCCCAGGAUAAGCAGCGGAAAGAAGUCCAAGAAAGAAGUCUGCGCAAGCUCAGAGCUGGAGGUAAAAAACACUAGCCCCAUGUCUGAGCAGGAUUCGGGUAUCCUGGAUGUUGAAGAUGAGGAUGAGGAUGAAGAGGUGCCUGGGGCUCAAGACUUGGUGGACUUCUCCCCUGUGUACCGGUGCCUGCACAUAUACUCGGUGCUGGGAGCCCGCGAGACCUUUGAGAACUACUACAGGAAACAGAGGAGAAAACAAGCUCGCUUGGUCCUGCAGCCUCCCUCGAAUAUGCAUGAAACUUUAGAUGGCUACAGGAAGUAUUUUAAUCAAAUUGUAGGGUUUUUUGUAGUUGAAGAUCACAUCUUGCAUACGACCCAAGGCUUGGUAAACAGAGCUUAUAUUGAUGAGCUGUGGGAGAUGGCUUUAUCCAAAACGAUUGCAGCACUGAGAACACAUUCGUCUUACUGUUCUGACCCGAGCCUGGUGCUGGACUUGAAGAACCUCAUCGUCCUCUUUGCAGACACACUCCAGGGAUACGGCUUCCCAGUGAACCAGCUCUUUGACAUGCUGUUGGAAAUCCAAGACCAGUAUAGUGAAACCCUGCUGAAGAAAUGGUCAGGGGUUUUCAGAAGUAUCCUUGAUUCAGAUAACUACAGUCCCAUCCCAGUAACAAAUGAAGAGAUUUAUAAGAAAAUGGUUGGACAGUUCCCGUUCCAGGAUGCUGAGCUCGAAAAGCAACCGUUUCCAAAGAAGUUCCCCUUCUCUGAGUUUGUGCCUAAAGUUUACAAUCAGAUUAAGGAAUUCAUCUAUGCUUGUCUGAAGUUCUCGGAAGACCUUCACCUGAGCUCCACGGAAGUCGACGACAUGAUCAGAAAAUCAACAAAUCUGCUGCUGACCCGAACACUGAGCAACUGUUUACAGAAUGUUAUUAAGAGGAAGAACGUAGGGCUGACCGAGCUUGUACAGAUUAUUAUUAACACAACCCAUUUGGAGAAAUCCUGCAAGUUCCUAGAAGAAUUCAUAACCAAUAUCACUAAUGUACUUCCAGAAACUGUCCACACUACAAAGCUCUAUGGGACCACGACUUUCAAGGAUGCUCGCCAUGCUGCAGAGGAAGAGAUUUAUACUAAUCUGAAUCAGAAGAUAGACCAGUUCCUGCAGCUGGCAGAUUAUGACUGGAUGGCCAUGGAACCGGGCAGCAAAGCCAGCGACUACCUGGUAGAUCUCAUUGGCUUCCUACGCAGCACGUUUGCCGUGUUCACCCACCUCCCGGGGGACGCGGACGCCCACUCGACCAUGUCGGGGAAGGUGGCGCAGACCGCGUGCAUGUCAGCAUGCAAACACCUCUCCACAUCGCUGAUGCAGCUGCUGCUGGAAGCCGAAGUGCGGCAGCUGACCCUGGGGGCCUUGCAGCAGUUCAACCUGGACGUGGAGGAAUGCGAACAGUUUGCCAGAUCCGGCCCAGUGCCUGGGUUCCAAGGGGACACGCUGCAGUUGGCCUUCAUCGACUUGAGACAACUUUUGGAUCUGUUUAUCCAGUGGGACUGGUCAACGUAUUUGGCCGACUAUGGGCAACCCACGUGCAAGUACCUUCGUGUGAACCCCACGACGGCCCUCGUCCUGCUGGAAAAGAUGCGGGACACGAGCAGGAAGAACAACGUGUUUGCGCAGUUCCGCAAGAACGAACGGGACAAGCAGAAGCUCAUAGACACGGUGGCCAAACAGCUCCGCAGCCUCAUCAACAGCCAUCACUCAUGAGGGCACCGGCCGCUCGAGGCGGGACUCUGGGACCUCCAGGCGACGCCGGGCUCCGCGGCGCGGCCUGCCGCGGGCCCGCGCUUGGCGUCCUUGUUCAAAGAGAAUACCUGUAUUUUUUUAUUCACAUGUAUAGUCUUCUUGAAACCUACCCUUCUGACAAAAUGUUCCUUGUUAAACAAUCCCGGGGGAAAAAAAGGCGGCACUGUUUGUGCUGGUACGGUGAAGGUGGGGUCAGGAGCCGCCAGUAUAAGCUCCUAUUUUCAGGAGUUUAUAAAGCGAGGGUAAAAGCUGAAGGCUCAGAGAGAAGUUCACACCCAGACUAUUGUUGUUGUUAUUAUUAUUAUUAUUAUUAUUAUUUUGUGUAAGCCACAUUCGAAGAAUCAGUUUGACUUUCUUUUGUUAAGUUAUUCAAUUGCAGAACAAAUAACAAGAAAAAAUAUAUAUAUAUUGGGAGCAGCCACGGUUUCAGAUUCUUUUCACGGGCUCCGUUAAAAUGAGCGCAUGUUUAGAAGAGGGUCACUUGUUAGCCUGUCGCGCAAACUUGCCUGUUGGUUUUGUGUAGGAAGAGGGACAAACUGAUUUCCCAACCUUUCUAUUUUAUUUUUUUUUCCUCCUGUAAGGGCUGAUUUCCACCUUAGCUUGCAGAUCCCUUGCAGGGAGGCAGUGGCUGGAGCUGCACUCCCAGCCCGUUCCUGCACAUCUACAACCACGGCGCUCAGAGCAGAUGUGCGCUGAGCUACGCCUCUAGGACCUGCUGUUGUCUUUGGUACCCGCACCGAAUGUAAAAGGGCUCAGGAGCUGCCUCGUGCAUAGAGCAAGCGAGCAUGGAGUCAAGUCCCUCUGCUUCCCCUGGUCUGACUCGUGCGGCACACGGCGCAGCCCAGCAAAUGCGGCUCUCCCCGAGCGGUUCGACGUGAUGGCCCCGAAGUGGAGACAGCAGCAGCUUCGCCUGUGGAGCAGCAGCCUCCAACUCCCACCGGCUCAGAAGUGCCUAAGGACAAAAUUCUCCUCUUCGCGCUGGAGGUGCCCAUACAUCAUCCCCUCAAAUCAAGACAUCCUUCGAGGGCAACCCUAACGCUAUCAACAGGAUGUUAAUCAUGGGGUUCAUGUUACAGAGAGAGGGGACUUUUGCCCUUAUCUUUUCUUUACCCUUCUGACUCUAAUUACUGCAGGUGGAAGCUUAUCCAGCCGGUUCCCCCACCUACCAAGCCCUGAUGCCGCGUUGAAGGGAGUCAGUCUCCGGCGUGUACAUAACCACCCUGGCGGCGCUGCUUCGGCACGGACGUGAGCGGUUUUUUAACAUCGUUUGAAUGCGCUGGGUUGUCAGCUCUCAUCUGAAAUCACUUCUGGAAGUUGAUGCACCUUUUCUAACCCUCAGAGCGAGGUUUGUUCUUCUUAACCUGCCCUCACGCUGUGGAAGGGCAGGGCUGGUUUGAGUGCUGUUACGUCGUGACGCAUGUGUUUGCAGAAUGGUAGCUACGCUUUCCUCCUGCAGUUAGUCCCUUUUCUUUCUCACCGUGUGCACUUUUUGCUUUGUGGCUCUUGCCCAGGGAGCUCUUCUGAUACUCAGGCUCUGGACACACGAAGGGGACGGUGCUUUAGUUUCUCUCCUCGUUCCUCAGCAACACUUUUUUUAUUUUUUGGAUAAGGGUACAUGAUACUUAACCCUGGAAGUAAAUAGGCACACUGGAAGCAAUGUACUGUUGCCCUGUCACGGCAGUCUCCAAACAUGAGGAGCAGUGGAUGGGAUAUUUUCGUUAAUGUGAGGGAAGACCAAAUGCUGAAAGUUGGCUUUAUGGUUCUUUUCUUUGGGGGGAUCAAAGGGUACUUUUGGCUUAACACCUCUUCGAAGCACUUGCAAGAAGGGUAGAGGAGAAAGAAGCAACUGAAGGAAAAUUGUCGUUAUUGUGGCCAGAAAGAGCUCAGCAGCGGCAGAGACAUCCACGCAUGAGCCCACAAGUGCUUCCUCUCAAGACAGAGACAAGUGAAAAAGCAAACUUGGUUGAUCUGCCAGAGGCAAUUUCUUUUCUGCUCUCUAAAAGGCUAAUGUCCCCCCGUGAUGGAGAAAGCAGGGCUGCCUCUGCCAGCCUCCCGCCCACCGGUGAGAAGGGCCCUGCAGCUCCUCGGCGGUGGGGCGGUGCCCCCCAGCUCAUCGGGGCACGCGGAGUUGAACCUGAGUGUCGGACCCAGCCCACCCGACGAGGCCCAGGACCUUGGUUGCCCACUGAGUCCCUGCGAUCUGGAGAUGUGUCUUAGCAGCCCAAAUGCUGCACAAUUGAGAACAAAAAAUUGCCCAGCUUUUUGGACUCUGGUACGAAGGUCUCCUUAGCUCCACUAUGGAGAAGAGGAAGGACUCCUGUCUUCACUGCCUGGCCAAGGCAUCUUGCCAGCUCUCAGUGCCCCUGCCGAGAUGUGUCCAACGGAGCAGCAUGGACCACAGGACGCUUUAUUCCUCCUUUCUGUCUCCUGGUGGUGCCAUGGUGGGAGAGAGGGGCAAUAGCACGAGUCAACAUGAGAAGCAGGAGCAAAACCAGGUGGAUCAGCUCCCCGAAGAGUCACAUCUGCCUGCCCUGGGCGGUUGAGGUCCUACCCAGUGUACAGAGAUUGAAACAAAAACCUGAGAUACCAGUGGUGACAGUAGUAUGGGUGGCUUCAAUCCACAGGGCGCUUAUGUUAAGGGCCAUUAAAUAGUAAUAAGCACUUUAAAAUACUUCAGACCAAGCUGCUACAGAGGCUGGCGACGGUGUAAUCGAGCAUCAGCAAGCAUGACAAAUAAGGCGCUCUAGCAUUUCCAGUUUUUAUUAGUGGGAGGAUAGACUGUCAAACACAAUUUUUAAUCGCAUUUGUCAGCUGCCGACUUUGCCGCCGGGCAAGGCGGCAGCUUCGCAGCCUUGGUUGUUUUCUUCUUCUCCGCGCUGGCUGCUGGGACGCGGCCGGGGAAAGAAGGCGAAGAGGGGACGUGUCCUUGCUCUGAGCGCCGCAGCCAGCUCCGACCUUCCCCACCCCGGAGCCGGCCUCUCCGUCCCCUCUCCGCCGAGCUCGACUGAAAGCGGGAUUGCCGGGCUGGUGCAGGAUGGAUUUCCGAGGUCUUUUAAGCGCUGCUCUGCGAGGCCGUGCAAAGCGCCGGGGCUGGGAUCGUGUGAGCAGACUCCUGGGUCGUAGCGCUUCGGACUUUCUGCUGGGAAAGCGAGUCCCAGCCAAGUAAGAGAUUCAGAGAGUUUCUGAUUUCGGGAGGUCAAGCGCCUAACCACAAGUCACAUAACGGGGAUGAAAAAUGGAAUUUUGUUGCUCUGUUCCUAAUUAACUUUUUGUUCCAAGAGAUGCAGUUCCAUCCCUUCAAAAUAAAAUUAAUCUUUUAAACAGAUUGCUUAAAAAGCCCUGGAAGACAUUUAAAAUCCCCUCUAAAUCUCUUACUAAUGAUCAGUAUCCUCCAAUACGGAUGGUAUUGCUUAAGAGGGAAAAGUUAUUGCUAUGAAUUUGUAACGUGGCGGGAGGCAGGGGCAGAAUCCCCUGCUGCAAGCGUAGAUUUGCAGCCCCCGAAGCAAGUAAUGCUGCUCUUAACCCAUCCGUGUACAGACACGACUGGUCCUUAGUUUCUUAAGCCAGUGGCCGUAGGAAAGGUUGGGUUGUUCCCCCCUCUCCCUGCUUCCUGGCACAAACAUUUCAGCACCGGUUGAGUUGAGGGGACUUGGGGGGCGAGGGGGGAACAAAUUGGCUUCCUGGGAAGCGUCCGUGCAUGUUGCCCUCUCUGUAGCCGUACGGGGCUGUGCAAGGCAUCCCGCCGCCAGCCUCCGCGUCGGGAGUAAUUUUUGUAAUGUCUCUCGUGCACUAACCUACGGACGCGACUGUACCUGUGCAUUCGGGGGAUGUCCCGCAUUAGGCUUUGGCGUGUGUGCGUGAGUGCAAGGGAGAGGAAGCGAUUGCUGUUGUUGUUGCUGCUGCUGCUGCUGUUGUUCUCGGGCUGGAGUUCAAGUCAGAUGCUCUCAGCAGCUUUGCACUUUGUUCCGAGUCCAGCCGCAGCGCCGCGCUCCGCGGGGAAACGCCGGCCGUCGCACUGCUCGGCGCUCCGUUUUGUUUGUGCUUUGCCGAAGCGCGGCUGUUCUGUGCUGCUGCGCCGGGCCGGAAGGCGGGGGCAUUGCCGGGCCGUCCUCAACCUGUUUGCAAGUUGCUGGGAGGCAACGCGGAAAGCAGCAGCUUAGCUGGAGAUGUGGGAGCCGCCGAAGACCCCAAGUACGAGUGGGGCCGCGGUGCCCUGGUGGACAUCAGCUCACUCAGCGGGAUGCUCCUGGGCUCCUCAUGCCAUGUGGACCCGUGGGUGGAUGCUGCUGUUGUCAGAAAUUCUCGAGAUGGAACUGGUUUUAGCAUGAUGCCUUCUCCACUGGACGUAGCUGCAAGGACGGCGGGUUUGCUGUAGAUGUUGAGUUCCAACCCUGGAGGAGCUCAUCUGGUCUUCUCCAGGGGCGACAGCAUCUACCCUUUGCAUCCCUGGUCCUUCCUACCUAUCCAGCCCAUCUCAGUUGGGUGUUUCAUUAUUGCCUGCUUUGGAGCUUUUUCACCCCCGAAAUACCUUGUGUUGGAAGAUUUGGAGGAGGCAGCAUUAGGUGUCCCUCUCCCUCAUCCCUCCUGGCCAGUGGGGUGGGAUGCAAGUCUGGACUGCUUAGGCUUUCUGCACCCACUUGUCUACAUCUCUGUGGAGCACCCAGAUCCAGCCUUCACCCAGGAACGUGCUGCUGCUGUUGGUUUUUAAGCCCCUCUCUGCCCCGAAGAACCGUGCGGCGAUGUGACGGAGAGCCGGAGCACGGCAGCGGAAAAAUGCCGAUAAUCCGAGGUUGCUCACCAGGAGUCCUGUCCGCCCUCUCGUCUUGCUAGUCCCACUGACGUCUUUCUUGGCCCACACACACGCGUGUGCGUGCACUCACACACACACACACACACUCCUGGCCCUCGAUGCCCGCUGGCUGCUCGAGUUGCCUUUUUUGUGUAGGGGGAAGGCGUGAUUUUUGUAAACUAAGGUGGUGAAAAACAGCUUUUUUUGCACAAGUUGUUGCACAAUAACGGGAAAAUUUAGUAAAUUAGGUUUAACUUUAAAGGGAACUCUUUUUUUCUUAAAACUCACUAGCAGAGCUACUGAUUAAAAAAAAAGGACUGUUCUAAAAAGAAAAAAAACGGACUGCAUGGUUUACAGGUUAAAUUGUGUUAGAAGUUAGCAUGUUGAUCACAACUGUACAUUUAUCCUAUUGUAACUUCUAUUAAACAAUACAGCAUAUAACUGUUUAAAUAA